GGGAGCCUCCAACUGCUCCGGGGCUUUGGAUAAUCGCCUAGGUGUGACUUAGAAGCCCGGCUCAGGGCUCAGAGCCCAGGAGUCGGAGAACCAGAGUCCGGGUGGAGAUCGCAGGACCCAGAGAGGCAAGAAGAGAUGAACAAAUAGUCCCCAGCGCCUCCUGCGGCCGCAGUUAGGCCUGUGGUCGCCGCCGCCACCAGGGCGGGCUGAGCCGGGCCAGGCCGGGCUGGUGCGUGGACCUGGGCCCGGCAGCUCUAAUUGCAACGCUCCUGUUGAUGAUUUUUUUUUUUUUUUAAAUCACAGCAGCCCCCAGUUUAGCGGACUGAUUUACUCCGGGUAUUGGUAAAUAUGAUCACGUGGGCCGCGCGACCAAUGGUGGUGGCUGCAGCCUGCGAACUAGUCGGCGGCUCGGGCGCCGGCGAGGAGCCGCUCGGCGGUGGGCAGUGGAACCUUGGGUGGGAGCGAGCGGCGCCUCACCAUGUCGUCCAGUGGCACCCUCAGCAACUACUACGUGGACUCGCUCAUAGGCCAUGAGGGCGACGAGGUGUUCGCCGCGCGCUUUGGGCCACCGGGGCCGGGGACACAGGGCCGGCCCGCAGGUGUGGCCGAUGGCCCGGCCGCCGCCACCGCCGAGUUCGCCUCGUGUAGUUUUGCCCCCAAAUCGUCCGUGUUCUCCGCCUCGUGGUCCGCGGUGGCCGCCCAGCCCCCGGCGGCGGCGACGAUGAGCGGCCUGUACCACCCGUACGUGUCCCCGCCGCCCCUGGCCGCCGCCGAGCCGGGACGCUACGUACGCUCCUGGAUGGAGCCGCUGCCCGGCUUCCCCGGCGGCGCGGGCGGUGGCGGUGGCAGUGGUGGCGGCGGUGGCGGAGGCCCGGGUCCCGUUCCCAGCCCCGGUGGCCCAGCCAACGGGCGCCACUACGGGAUUAAGCCUGAAACCGGAGCGGCCCCGGCCCCCGCUGCAGCCUCCACCUCCUCCUCCUCCACCUCCUCGUCCUCCUCCUCCAAAAGGACUGAGUGCUCCGCGGCCCGCGAGUCCCAGGGGAGCGGAGGCCCAGAAUUCCCGUGCAACUCGUUCCUGCGGGACAAGGCGGCGGCGGCGACAGGGAACGGGCCCGGGGUGGGAAUCGGGACCGGGCCAGGGGCGGUAGGCUCGUCCGAGACCUCAGCUUGCAGCGAUCACCCGAGCCCGGGCUGCCCGCUGAAGGAGGAGGAGAAGCAGCCGCCGCAGCCGCCGCAGCAGCAACUUGACCCAAACAACCCUGCAGCGAACUGGAUCCACGCUCGCUCCACCCGGAAAAAGCGCUGUCCCUACACCAAAUACCAGACGCUAGAGCUGGAGAAGGAAUUCCUCUUCAACAUGUACCUCACCCGGGACCGGCGCUACGAGGUGGCCAGGAUUCUGAACCUUACAGAGAGACAAGUCAAAAUCUGGUUCCAGAACCGUAGGAUGAAAAUGAAAAAGAUGAGCAAGGAGAAAUGCCCCAAAGGAGACUGACCCAGUGCGGGUCUGGCCUGCAGCACUCAAAAGGCAGCGGGUUUUGGGGUUUUUGUUGUUGUUGUUGUUUGUUUGUUUUCUUUGUGGGUGCUUGAUUCAGAAACUCUGCAGCGACUCGGACUUUCUUCUUCUUUUUUAGGUAGAAGUGACUGUGUGGUUGGUCUCUGUGAGUUAUCUGGGGGACACUGUAUUUGCUCGCAUAUGUAUUGGAGAAACCAAGUGGCUUUGGAGUCUUGUCCUGUCCCACUCCCUCCCUUCUCUGCUCCCUGAUUCCUUAGGAAAUGCUAUAUUUUGUGAGUGCACGCAGGCUUGAUGGAGCCCUAUUCUGUGUAAAUGUCCCUCAUGUUUCUGAAAAGUGCUGUAGUUUAGUCUCACCCUAUCCAGCCUCCCAAACAGGGCCAACUAUCUAAUUCCGAGAAUCUGAAGGAAGAGAGAGACUGUGGACACCCCCACCCUGCUCUCCCAACCAAACCCCAACUCAGCUGCUCAAGGCAGGAAAACCCCUUUCCUAGGGGAGCCGGCGGACUGACUUCCACAGAGGCCUACCGAGAAGCCCUGGGCCCUGGGGCGCGAGAUUGGGGGUGGGGGGUGGGGAUAGGCUUAGUCCUCAGAGCACCAGGGAAGCUACUUUCUCCCCGGGAGGACUGAGCUCCCAUUGGGCGGCCUCGGGAGGUGGCCUUCCAUAUUCCUCCCUGAGGACCAGUUGUAAAUGUUACCGCUUCCAACAAAUAAAUGCUGAUCUGAACAAAUGGAGUCCAGCCGCUGGCCCUGAA